AUGACAAUUUUGAACAUGAAUGGCUGCGCAGAAGAGUUCAUGAAAGCUGUCGAACCGUUCAUGAAGGUAACAGAACCAGUACCAUUAACUCCUGAUAACCAAACCGGGCCAAUUGGGCUAAACUCACUCACUGACACUCAAAUCCUCGAAAUUCAAAGAGAGUUACAUCUCAGACAACAAAACCAAGCUCGCCGUCGUGGCUGCGGCGCUAAACCAACCCCAAUGAAGAAAACCAACGUAACGAGACCGGUUAAACUAUACCGAGGCGUUAGACAACGACAAUGGGGGAAAUGGGUUGCUGAGGUCCGGUUGCCUAAACACCGAACCAGGUUAUGGCUCGGUACGUUCAAAACCGCGGAAGAAGCUGCAUUAGCUUACGAUCAAGCUGCUCAUAAGAUCAGAGGAGACAACACUCGUCUCAACUUCCCGGACAUUGACGGGAUGAGUCAGCUCUACUGGUUAGAGCCUUGGGGGCCAAUUGUCAUGCUUCCGGGAUGGGAUCCGAACCUUGCUUUUGGCGACGGAAGUGGUACGAGCGAGGUUCCUAUUCUGGACUUCGACGAUUUCUUUGCUGAUCUUCCAACGGGCUUUGACGCUCCUCAGGCCACGAGCGAGUCAGGGAGGCCGAAAUUUGUUGCUGAAGGAUCUCGCAUUAUUAACGGGGUAUAA